AGCCGCCGGACAGUAACAUCGUGCUCCAUAGCGAACCACGCUGUGUGUGUGUUUGUGUGUUCGCGCGCUUGUUUGUGUGCUUUGACCGUGUAUGUGUGUGUGUGUGUUACCGUGGUUAUUCUUCCUUGGGGAUCCUGCUCCUUUACAGUAGUACAGUGAGCCCCGGCUGCCUGCAGCCUGUCUUAGAGGGAGACGUGCGUAAGUGUGCGUGCGUCGUCUUUCGGUGCGUUGUGGAAACAAAGGAGACAAAUGGCAGGGAGCGCGAGGCUGGUGGCCACAGCGAUGGCCACAACUGUCUGGAUGAUGACGGUGGUGGCGGUGGCGACGACAGCAACGUUCAGCAACGUCUGCCAAACGGAUGAUUACGCCCGGGAGCAGCUAGCCGGGAUACUGAGCUCGAUCUAUCUGAGCGAGUCGCGAUCGAGUACGGUGCCGGCCCCGGACUGGGCCACCAGCAGUAACACCACCAGUAGCAGCCGGACAAGCAGCCGGCAGCCGGCAGUAAAUGGCAGCGAUGUUGGAGGGGCCAGCGGUAACGAUACACCGUCCAUGGUCCAGCUAGCCGAGCUCGAUGCCUAUCUGCUGGAACUGGGCAACCGCGACGAGCAGACCGAGCAGAUAGAGCAACAGCAGCAGCAGCAGCCUACGUCCUACGGUUCUGCUGAGGCAGGAUUCAUUGCCGCGCUCAACGCGAAGGUGUUCAGCAGGAACGCACCAUUCAACCCGGCGUACAGUGACCGCGUGUCGGCGGAGUGCAAACGGCAGUCGGCUCACUUUCUCCGCUCGUACCGCUCCUCGCAGCUCUGGGCAUUCAGAAUGCACGAUGCAAGCGCCAAACUCAGCCAUGGCAUCCUGAACGGGAACAUCAACCAGUACGGUGACUUCGACCAAUGUGUACGGCUGCAGGAGGAGCAGCAGCAGCAGCAGCAUGGUGGUAGCGGCCCGCCCGCCAUCGUCGGUCGCUACUGCAUGGCGGAGGUGCAGCCGACGGUGAAGCCGAAUACCGUGAUGCUGCAGUACCUGUUCGAUCUGGUGCAGGCGCACAGGAUGCUGAAGAGCAAUUUGCACGACCCCGGCCAUCGAGUGCCCCGCUUCUCGACCGUCCACUGGGCCCUGUGCGUACCGGCCGGGUGUACGGCGGCCGACGUACAGGCUUCGCUCGCCGACUUCCUCGCCGAGUACAUUGCCGGCACUGGCAUCGAGACGGAGGUGAAGGUGAACCCGGCCCUGUGCCAAACGCGCCACCAGCUCUGGCAGGACUACUUCACCGACCGCACCCUGCUCGUCUGGGCGGGUUUCGCGCUCUACGGGCUGCUAGUGUUGGGCGCAACAGUCUACGACUACCGGAUGGCCACCGGAAAAGCGGAAUGGUUGACGGCGUUUUCGUUGAUCAAAAACACCCGUUCGAUCGUCUGCCUGAAGGAGGAGCGCAAUGACAUCUCCUGUGUGCACGGGAUCCGCUUCCUGAAUGCGAUGCUCCUGCUCAUUGCCCACAAAUCGAUGGCCCUCUUCUUCAACCCGUACGUCAACCGGACCGAGAUGAGCGAGAUCCUCGGUCAACCGUGGACGGUAAUUGGGCGGGCGGCGGCCAUCUUCACCGAUCCGUUCAUCAUGUUCAGCGGCUUCCUCACCACCUUCUCCUUCGUCGAGCGGCUGCAGCGGGGCCAGCGCGUGCGGCUGCACCAGGAGUACGUUGGGCGGCUGCUGCGCAUCAUGCCACCCCUCGGUGCCCUCAUACUGUUCUGCACGUUCGUGCUGCCGUUCCUCGGUACCGGUCCACUGUGGAACCUGGUUGUCACCAACCACGGUACCAUCUGCAAGCGGUACUGGUGGCGCAACAUGCUGUUCAUCCACAACUACUUCGGCUUCCAGAACAUGUGCCUCACGCACACGCACCACGUCGGCAUCGACACCGAGCUGUUCCUGAUCGCGCCACUCUUCAUCUACCUCGUGUGGCGCUGGCCGCGCCCGGGUAUUGCCGCCCUCGCCGCCAUCGCUAGCCUCACCACGGUUCACCGGUUCUACACGACCUACCAUCUGCGGCUGGCCAACUACGUUUACUUCGGAACAUCAGUGAAGCAGCUGUUCGACACCGCCGACCAUAUGUACACGCUGCCGUACUAUCGCGUCACGGUGUACCUGAUGGGAGUGAUCCUGGGCUACGUGUGCUCCAAGUACAAAACGAUCAAGCUGAGCGUGCGACAGAUCAAGAUCGGCUGGUACCUUAGCAGCCUGUCGAUCGCGGUGGCCUUCUUCGGGCCGGCGCCCAUGGGCUCGAUACACUACGUCUACGAUCCGAUGCACGCGGCCAGCUACGCCGCCUUCUCGCCAAUCGCGUGGUGCCUUUUUUUCGCCUGGACCGUCUUCACCGCUCACCUGGGCUAUCGAAACAUGGUAAUCGAUUUCUUCUCCUGGCGUGGGUUCCGCGUUACCACGCGGAUAUCGUACGCCGUUUACCUCACGCAGUUUCCCAUAUUCUUCUACAACGUGGGCCGUACCCGUGCACCACAGUACUUCGAGUUCAUACCUGCCGUCAUCUUCAAUACCAACGAGUACCUGGUGGUUUUUCUGGCUUCAUUCCUGCUAACCGUCCUGUUCGAAACGCCAUUCAUCAAUUUGAAGAAGCUGCUCUUUCCCAGCAAAUCCCGGACAGCACUGCAGGCUGAGACCAUUCGCCCGCUAAUAUCAGGUGCAUGCAGUGUUCGAUAGGUCUGAGUGGCUGCGAUCCACUCAGACCGCGUGCGUAUAUUCGAUCCGUAAACCGGCUUGGCUUGCGGCAGUCACGCCGAUCAAUUUGAAUAGUAUUAGAACUAUAACCGGUCGAACGGUUACUGGUUGAAUGUUUUUGUAAAACAAUAGGGUAAAAGUCAAGUACAUUAAAUUGAAAUGUAAGAAAUUUGAAAUAUGAACAGUUUUUAUUUUAAAUCAGGAUUGAAAUAAUAACUGUUGUGCACUGAAAUCCGUUCUUCUUUUUUUCGACUUUCGGAAAAGGAUUAAUCACACUCGCAAUGAACACACACGACCGAUGCAAACCAGGGUACUUCGGUAGUACGGUUCAUCGGUAGUAUCGCUUCGGAAUAUUUUCAGUAGCGCUGAUAGAAGUAUGAGGUACCUACUCCCGUCAGGCGUUAGUUGACGCCUCAGUCGUGUUCAACGAUUUUUUGAGGCUCGUCGAUUAUUUCCCCGAACAAAACGUCUGCUGUCACCAGCAAAAAAGCG